CUUUUUCUGCUCUAUCAUUAACACACGCUUGUGUACCGGUGCUGAUGGCUGUGUAACACCGAGCGAACAUCCCGCUGACGUUUCUGCCGGAAUUCAUCCAUUUUGGAGGAGAGCAGGGAGAAUGAACCGGAGCUCCACCGUUUGGAUCACUGUGCUGCGAAGCUAAAUCCCUCCACCCACCUUUUCAUCAUGUCUCCAGUUUUCUCAUCUCCCAAAUACAUGAGUGGCUCCACUCUACUCAGCCCUUUCCGCCAGUAUGACCCGUAUGAUCCUUAUGGUCCCUAUAACCCCUACGACCACAGCCAGUCUUUUAUCUCUCAAGGUCAUCCUCAGCCCUCCAGAUACUCGCCCUCCACAUCACGCUACUUCUUCCCCAGUUCAUGCCCAGCCCAAGUAGCCCUCUCCCUCCCUAAUGAGCGAGGGCGAGCUGUGCCCCGUGCCAACCCCCAUGAAACUUUCCGCAGUGAGAGCUCAGGCCGCAUACAGGUCAAAGGUCAAAUCCCACGGUUGAAUGGGGUACGACGUCGGUCACCAUCGCAGGGGUGGCACCGCUCAGUGAACCAGUUGGACCUGGCGCAGGAACUGGCAAUGGUGGAGCUGUGUGGGCACAGCGAGGGUGGAAAAGGACCAUUAAGGGCGGUUUCUUUCGGGGAGAAUACCAGUCGGGCAUGUGGCAGCUGCUCAGGGCCAUUCUACUGGAGCUCAGAGAACUCCAAGAAUGCUCAGGGACUUGUGGGCCUAAGGAACCUGGGGAACACUUGCUUCAUGAACUCCAUUCUGCAGUGUCUGAGUAAUACACACGACCUGCGUGACUACUGUCUGCGCAACACACACCGUACCGACCUCAACAACAACUGCAGGGCCAAAGCGGCUCUAAUGGAGGAGUUUGCCAAGCUCACUCAGACACUGUGGACAUCAGCAAGCAACGAAGCCAUCAGCCCCUCUGACUUCAAGACUCAGAUUCAGAAGUACGCUCCACGCUUCAUGGGCUACAAUCAGCAGGAUGCUCAGGAGUUCCUGCGCUUCCUCCUGGACGGGCUCCAUAAUGAAGUGAACCGAGGGUCACUGAGGCCCAGAGCGCCCAUAGAGGACUUUGACCACCUCUCGGAUGAUGAGAAAGCCAAGAGAAUGUGGAACAAGUACCUGGAGAGAGAAGACAGCAAAGUAGUUGAUCUGUUUGUUGGCCAGCUGAAGAGUUCACUGACCUGCAGCGAGUGUGGCUUCUGCUCUACCGUAUUCGAUCCGUUCUGGGAUCUGUCUCUACCUAUUGCCAAGAGCUCUGGAGAGGUGAUGCUGAUCGACUGCCUUCGGCUUUUCACGAAGGAAGAUGUACUGGAUGGGAAUGAGAAACCAACAUGCCAAAGGUGUAAAGCCAGGCGGAAAUGCACAAAGAAAUUCACCAUUCAGAAAUUCCCCAAAGUCCUGGUGCUUCAUCUAAAGCGAUUCUCUGAGGCUCGCCUGAAAACCGCCAAACUCUCUACUUUCGUCAACUUUCCCAUCAAAGAGCUGGACCUGUGCGAGUUCGCUUCAGACAACAGCAUGCACGCCGUCUAUAACCUGUAUGCAGUGUCUAAUCACACAGGCACCACACUGGGUGGCCAUUACACGGCGUACUGCCGCAACCCUUCCACAGGAGAGUGGUACUCGUACAACGACUCCAGGGUAAGUCCUAUGUCCUCCAGCCAAGUGCGCAGCAGUGAUGCCUAUGUGCUGUUCUACGAGCUUGCUAACUCCUCGCGCUUGUGAUCCAGCCUCAUCUCCACCCUAAAGAAGGAUUCUGGAAUCAACAUGGGGGUUAACCCUGGCCUGGACUUGAGACUAAACCUCAGCAGUGGCUGUGCUUCGAGCCACAACCUGAGAUAGUUUUUAAGACAGAUUUAUGAACAAAGACCUAGCACACACCCGUUCUGAACUAUAGUUGAGGCUUGUUCACUUCUUAGAAGCCUGGGACAUGAUUUCUGAUACAGCCCUAAACGAGCUCCCAUAUAAGGGCUUCCUCAUCCUGUAUUCUGCUGGAUGUAGACUGCUGCUGCUAAAGGGAUGGGGAUGAAAACACUCCUUGUAGGAAGAAAGAAAGAAAGUGGAACACUACCUCUCACAAUGAGCAGGACCUUGUGUUUAUGUGUGUGUGUGCGUGUGUGUGUGUGUGUGUGAGAGUGAGAGAGAGACAGUGUGUGUGAAGACGGAUGUCAAAGAACUAUGCACUGUGUACCUGGAGCUCUCUGUUCCUCUACAGUCAGUCAUCGUGACUGCAUUGUGGGUUUAAUUUAUUCUGGUAUUUUAGUGUUAUUCAUUUUGAGACUCUGGAUCUGGAUAUGGGUCACAACAGUGAGUGGUGCAAGGAAAAACAUAAUUUUCCAGCUUUCACUUUUUUACCCCAAAUGUAAUUUGACAUGCUUGGUAUGUUUAGUUUUGCUCUGGUUUUGAAAUUCUGUCUCACCCAAAAUCUUUUUCAUAAAUACAUGCCCAUAUCUUUAUAUAUUUGCUUCACACUGUACUGUUAAACUACACAAUCUAAGUCAAAAGGGGGAUUUCAUUAUCAUCAGCAUCUGGCCUAUUCAUAAUUAUUGGGUUUUUAUGAUUUGACAUUUCAUGAUGAUAUUUCGUAUGAUAUUUCAUACUGUGUCUUGAACCAUAUGGAUGAUAGGGGUUUUUUUUUGGUAUGCCUACCUGACAUUACUGAGGAACUGGAUGUAGUCCUGAGAUAUUUAUGAGAUUAGAUAGACGUCCAUUACUUGUUAGCUGCAUUUGCUUUAUAACUCCAGAAGCAAAUGUCAUCAUACAUUUGGGGUACAUGGAAUGUUGUGGAUAUUUAAUGUUUUUUUAAAUACUUUUUUAAAACAGGAGAUGACUCGCCCCCUGGUGGAGCUCAUCUGUGCAAUGCUGGUUUUCUUUUAUUUUGUGACCACAGGAUUCACUUUCACAUGGAAAACAGCUUUUACAGCACAAGGAGCCUGGUGUAUCUGUGCGCAUUGUCUGUUUGAGAGAGAGAGAGAGGAUGUGUGUGUGCGUGUGUAUGCGUGCAUGAUACAGAUGGUGUGAUAUUUUAUUUAUGAAGUACAUGUUUUGAAUGUAUGUAUGUGAGUGAGUGAGUCAUAAUCAUGUGACUAACACAGAAUGAGUCCUUCUUGUCCAUGGGGCUCCACAUGUCAAGUACUUUUGGCUUUUUAAAAGCCAGAUAGAUGUACAUAUGAAUAAAUUAACCAAUUUGACCACAACAA